AUGAUUCAAAAAGUACACAGUUUAUUGGAAUAUGUAACGACAAAUGCCAAUCGUUUGAUGCUAGUCACGAAAUUUACCUAUCAAAAUCGCCAACAGCUGGACAGCAGUAAAUAUGAUUUGGUUAUAUUGGAAUCGAAUAAAAUGAAUACAAAUAUGUUUGCAUAUUUGACAUCGACGCGUAAAGGGGUACCUGUAAUACAAUGGUUUUUGAAAUUGUACCCAAAAAACAUAACCAAAGAUUUCUUUUGUGGCAUACACAAAUUGACGAUACGACCCGUCAUCGAUAAUGUUCGUGUUGAAUUUGGUGCCUUCAAUGCUGUCUAUCAGCUGGAGGCAACACCAUUAUUCAAAAAAAUCCUCGAUCCCCUGGAAAUGUUACAGAGUCGCCAUCCUCCAAAAAAGAAAGUCAUCUAUCGUGGUUUUGACCCGUUAAACGAUAAACAACGUCAGGUGUUAUUGAAUACCUAUGUUCGGAUCAUUGAUGAGACAACACCUAAUGUAUCACUGAUACAAGGACCGCCGGGUACGGGCAAAUCGUGUGUCAUCACGAAUUUAGCAUUGCAAACGUUAUAUGGUGACGAGGUCAGGUGUAUGGAUAAGAAAAUUUUGAUAUGUGCCCAAAGUAAUGCAGCCGUUGUUGAUGUCAUCGCUGGCAAAUUGUAUGAUAUUAGUAUGAGAAUGAGACCGGAAAUUCGUUUUCGUCUUAUACGUUAUGGGCUAACUUUGGUCUAUCCGGUAACAUUGCAAGCGAUUAUUGAACAUGAACAAAUGAAAAAAAUGAAGGCAACUAAUCCGGAUAUCCCGAUGGAGAAUAAGGAAAAUUUAAAAAACCAAAUUUUACAACUAGAAGCCCAGAUAGCUGAGAUGUCGAAACGCAAUAUAAAGGGUACUGUCGAAGAAGAUAUGCUGCUGGAGAAACAACGUAAGCUACAAUUGAUGCGAAAUAUAUCGACACAAUUUACAAGGCCCGAAGAUGAACGGAGCAUUGCCACAUGGUUUUUAAAUAAUGCCAAUAUUGUGUGUGCCACACUUUCCAGUUGUGUUAAACUUGCUCAAUAUGUAAAUUAUUUUGAUAUUUGCAUUAUCGAUGAAGCAACACAGUGCACCGAACCUUGGACAUUAUUACCCUUGAGAUUUGGUGUAAAUUCUCUGGUCCUGGUUGGUGACACACAACAAUUACCCGCCACUAUAUUGUCAAAGAAAGCGAAUGAAUUGGGUUUGGGUACCUCAAUGUUCACCCGAAUACAAAAUUGUUUAGACAAUAUACCAAGCAUUGCUAGCGGUGCCAAUACUAAUGGCUUCAUAACGAAAGAUCACAUAAUCUGUGGUCUACAGACCCAGUAUCGCAUGCAUCCGGAAAUAUGUAAAUGGCCCAAUCAAUAUUUCUAUCGCAAUGAAUUGAUUAGUGAUCGCAAAACUCAGGAAUAUAAAUCACCGCUGAUGCCGUUCUCGGUACUGAAUUUGGCCUACACGCAAAAUUCAUCAUGUUCGAAUGGAAAAAUUACCAACAAUCUGGAAGCGGAAUUUGUUGCGAAACUGUUAAAGGCUCUCGACGGUUUCAUACCAAAUAAAUAUAAUAGUUAUGGUGUAAUAACACCAUAUGCACAUCAUCGGACAACAUUGGAACAUUCAAUUAGAUCCCUUGGCUUAACAAAUAUAAUGGUGAAUACCAUUGAUUCUUAUCAGGGUCUGGAAAAGGAUGUCAUUGUUAUAUCGAAUGCCCGCACAAAUGGAAUUGGUUUCCUAUCGAAUCCUCAAAGACUUAAUGUGGCCUUGACGCGUCCUAAAAAAUGUCUAAUUUUAUGUGGAAAUUUUAAAAAUUUAGAGGUUGUUCCGGCCUGGCGAAGUCUACUGCAAAGUGCUCGUGAACGUAAUCUCUAUUAUGAAAUUUCAACGAAUUGUGUUAAUGAUAUACACACAAAUGUGAUUGAUAAAAUAAGAAUUAAAAAGGAUAUAAAUUCAGCAAAUAAAACCAAACCCAAUAGCGAUACAGUUUAG